UUUAGUCGGCUGUCACUGUCAUCACUCACAAUCCCAAAAUAAGCUUGGAGACGUUAAAAAUUACGUGUUCGUAAAGCAUUGGUUUCUCUAUUGCAGCAUUAGUUUUAAAAAGAAGAUGCUUUUAUUUAUACCGUUGUGAUAAAUAUCAAAAGAUGGAGAUUCCUUAUAAGAAGAUUUUUAUAUACGCCCUAACCUUCAUUGCGUAUGCGUACACGGGUUUUGGCUCGAGUAUGCUACGGAAUUUAAAGGAUGCAGUGUUAUCGGCAGAGUCGGUGUUCGGAGAUAUGUUUCGCAAUGUUAUAACAGUUGCUGAAAGGUUCAGGUCUUUGCAUGAAGUCUUCGAUGCAGCUGUUGAAGAGGAAUGUAUAUUCGCUUGUCCUGGAGGCCAGAAACCAGUGCGCAACAGAAACCACAUUCCAAAGUCAGAUGGUUGUGGUUCAUUAGGGUUUGAGAUAUCAUCCGAAUACUUGCCGCUUGAGCAGAUGACGAAGUGUUGUGACGCUCAUGACAUCUGCUAUGACACCUGUAAUACUGGCAAGGAGGUCUGCGACCUUGACUUUAAGAGGUGCCUUUAUAAUUACUGUGAUACAUACAAGUCUGUGAAUGUAGCUGGGGAUACUAUUACAAAAGGCUGUAAAGCAGCUGCAAAGUUGCUGUUUACUGGAACAUUAACACUAGGCUGCAAGUCAUAUCUAGAUGCCCAGAAGAAUGCUUGCUAUUGUGUACCAGUGAAAAAUAAUAAAUAUAAGAAGUAUCCAGGGGAUGGAGAACUAUAGCAUACAUUUGUAUGAAGAGCAUACAAAUGUAUAAAUGUAAAUUCUUUGUUGAUUGAAUAUUGUAACUUCUAAGUAUAAAUCCUGUUUACAUAAAAUUACAUUUGGUAUAUGUGUUGUUGAUUAUGGAUGAGUAAUUAUUGGAUCUGUGUAAACAAUUUGAAAACUUCAAUGUAACCAAGGAAUUUGUUUAGCUAUUUUUGCGUGUUUUGUUUUGUGCUGCUAAGUCAAUAUUUGUGAUAUUAUGUUGUGUAAGUUUUCUACAUGUAUAAGAAAUGUUAUUUAUUGCAAUUUACAUGACAGGUAUGAACUUUCUAUUGCUAAUCUGAUAUAUUACAAUACUAUGUUGCUUUACAACAUAUUUUUUUGGUUCAGUAAGUUGCUACUUAUUUUUGUGGUUCAAUAAGUAAUACAUAUCUAUUUUACACAGGAACUUUACUGUGUGUAUACUCUGGAUUGUUAAUAUGUUUGCUUUACUAGUAGGCACAUUGCUACAUUAUUGUAGUUUACUGUUUCUUGCCCAAUGCAUGAUACAAUGAAUGAGAUAAAUAAUACAUUUUGUAUGAUAUUGUUUAAAUGAAAUAAAAAGUCAAUUAAA